AUGACUCACAGAGACAAAAAUAUUCCUAAAGUAGGGGGUAAUGAGAAGUUCUUAUUCGAUAAUGGCAUGAGCAAAUAAAGUCUGAUAGCUAAUAUGAGUUUGGCGCUGCAAAGAAAGAAAAAUCAAGACAUGACAUCAGCAAAACUUCUUGUUCGAAAGAAGGGUGACUAGUUUGUGACGGUCAAUGGACAGUAUCAAAAUGAUAAUAUACAAAAUAAAUUUGAUCGACUGUCAGAAACGAAAAAGCAAGAUGAGAUGGGCAGGCAUUACAAGCAGAGAAACCUUGGGAGUGAGAUCACUCUGGGUUAUAAUACAGAUUAUAAAUUACCAGUAGAUUAAAGAACAACUAGGCAUUUGUAUCAUGAUAAGGAUUUCUUUAAAAGUAUUAAAGCUACUAACAUAAUUAAAGUCACAAGCUCUGAUAGAGAAUUCGCCUCUCAAAACAAGUUUAAAGAAUCAAAGUAAAGCAAGGAAUUCUCGCCAUACCCUUAGCAUGUAGAGAAAAGAAAUAUGAGAAAUGAUAGUUCGCUAAGUUUAAAGCAAGACUCUGAGAAUAUGAAAUAAGAGAUGGUGCUUAGGAAGAAACUGAUAGGUUGGGCCUAGCAGAAAAACUAAAUAUCAAUCUAGGGGCUAAGGAGUUUUAAGAAAAAUCCAGAGAUACCUAACCCUCCUCAACCACAGCAGUAGUCAGUUAUAUUAAAGAAACUAAUGAAUAAAAAUUUUGAAUCCUAGCAAUCAAGAAUAGGAAAGUAAAUGGAUGUUGCUUAGAUCAGAGCAUAGGCGAUUAUUAACAAAGAAUCUUUGUAUAGAAGUAUAGCUGGAGACUUCUCAAGAGCAAGAUCAAUGAUAAAGUCAAGUAAUUACUAAGAAAUUGAUGAAAAGAAAAGGGCAAGCAUUUAUGGAUCAAAAUACUUCCAGAUUGAUAGCUAUAAUAAUAGUCAUAACAAUCUGUAAUCUAGAGCUGGAACUGAUUUGAGAAACUAGGCUAAAAUACCCAUAAAAUCAAACAGGAUUGGAAAUUUAACUAAUUAAGGCACAAGUUUUAAGAUAGGAGAUUAUAAUUUCAAGCUCAAUAAUGCCAAGAAGACUUUCAGAACUACGUUUCAAGACUAGUAUAUCUAAAAGCAGAUUAAUAGUCUUGAUAACUAGAUGUGCAAAGAAUCUCAAACCAGAAACGUUUCAAUUCCUCUUAAUAAAGCAAGAAACUUACCUAAUUCAUUCCUAACUUAGAGCAAGCAGGACUAUUAGAAUCUUUUUGAGUCUACUAAUAGUCUAAAUAAAUCAAUAAAUUCAGCUACAAGUGAACAGCAUAACUAGUACUCUAGACCUGGCAGAAUAUCUAUAGACAAGAUGAUCCAUAAUUCCUAGAUUAAGCUAGAAUACAAUACAGUUUAUCAUAAUAAAUAUCGGGAGGGUCUAGGCAUUAAAUCUCUAAAGUAACUUAAAGAUGAUCAUAACUUGAACAAGUCUUUGAAGAAAGAUGUCUUAGACUCUCAUUUCUAGCUUGGUGGAAGAAGCUUAGUCUCAGCAGAUCUAAAUUCACCAUUGCACUUAUUAGAAGCAGACAAAAGACUCACCUACUUUAAAGAAAAACCCUUUUCCAAAGAAUAAAAUGAAUUAAGAUCAAAAUUUAAGGAUAAGAUUGAAAGGUAGAACUGGAAUAUCAAGCAAUAGAAAUCGCUUGAUGUGUCCCAGGAGAUGAGUCGAGAUGCGAGUUAUCAUAAAAUCAAUAGGAGCUUGAGUGAUAUAGAUCUCUACCGAAGUUCCAGACCUUAAAGCAACUUAUCAAUGACAGCUCAUUUGAAGCAAAGUUCAAAUUUCAAUUUGGGAUAUUAAAGAAAUUCAGAUACAAAUCGUAUAAUGAGGAACUCCACUAACUUUGAUAGCAGUGCUAGUAAUGUAGGAUAUAAGAAUAGAGAUGAUGUGAGUCAGUUUAAGUAAAACUAUGAUAUUAACCGCAAUCAUUAGAACAGAAAGACUAAUUUAAAUCUAGGUAGAAGUGCGUCUAAGUUUGAGACAAACUAUAAAGAUCAGUAUCCUUGGCAAGUCCCCAAAUACGAAUUAUGA